AUGAAUCCACCGAUUCCCAUCCCAGCCUCUUCUUCUCCGGCGAUGGACGCUUCUCCGCUUCUAAACCGGAACAGGCGUACCAGCCCGCGCUCCUCUCAGCCGCUUCGAGGAGCAGCGUCGAGGCUUCUCCGCCGCGCUAGCAACCGCCGGAUGAUGCUCCGGGAGCCCUCAGUUCGAGUCCGUGAGGUGGCGGCUGAGCAGCUCGAGGAGCGGCAGAGUGAAUGGGCUUACUCGAAGCCGAUUAUAGCCCUCGACAUUCUCUGGAAUUUCGUCUUUGUGAUUGUGUCAAUCGUGAUUCUAUGGACUAGCUCUGAAGAAAAACCGGAUGUUCCUCUGAGGCUGUGGAUAAUUGGGUACAAUUUGCAGUGCUUGUUCCACGUCGGAUGUGUAAUCGCCGAGUAUAGACGACGCCGGGAAGUUAAUUCUCCGAGUGGAGAAGAUUCGUCGAAUCACCACGGAUCUCUCAGCGGAAGCGAAGACGAAUCUGAUGGUUAUGGCACAGACGACGCUGAUGAUGACCAUCGAGCUAGUUUCGCCAAGCACCUUGAGUCUGCGAAUACGAUGUUCUCUUUCGUGUGGUGGAUCAUGGGGUUUUACUGGGUCACCGGUGAUACGGAGGCACUCUCUCAGUCUUCGCCUCAACUCUACUGGCUCUGUGUUGCAUUCCUUGCCUUUGAUGUUAUCUUCGUUGUCAUCUGCGUUGUGGUUGCUAGUCUAAUCGGUAUCGCUGUCUGCUGCUGUUUACCUUGCAUCAUCGCCAUCUUGUACGCAUUAGCUGAUCAGGAAGGUGCGCCAGAUGAGGAGAUAGAUAGGCUGUCAAAAUUCAAGUUUCACACAGUACUGAAUACGGAGAAAGUGGAUGGAGAAGUCAAGGAAACUCAGGGAGGGAUAAUGACUGAGUUAGGUGCUGGUUCUCAAAACAAACGAGUGAUAGAUAGUGAUGAUGCAGAAUGUAGCAUUUGUCUGUGUGGUUAUGAAGAUGGAGUAGAGUUAAGGGAACUUCCGUGUAGACACCAUUUCCACAGUUUAUGUGUAGACAAAUGGCUAAGGAUCAACGCAACUUGCCCUCUCUGCAAGUUCAAUAUUCUCAAAAACGGUGAGCAUAGUGGCAGUGAACAAGUGUGA